CCAUACCACACCACUUUUUUUUUUCCACUUGGUCAUGGAUCCCUACCUAAACCCGCUCGAUCAAUCGAUCCCAGACGACGAUCUCGACGACGAUGAGCUCCUUAAAUUAGAACAGGAACUGGCACCUAAAGCAACCGACUAUUAUGGCAUUUUGAACGUUUCGCGAAAAGCCACCGAUGAAGAAAUUAAAGACGCUUAUAAAAAAUUGUGCCGCUACUUUCACCCAGAUAAACAUAAUAACGCAGAAAACAAAAAGCUGGCAGAAGCAAAGUUUCAAGUGAUACAAACUGCAUAUGAAGUUAUUAGCGAUCCGACAAAACGUGCCAUUUACGACACAUAUGGUGAAGAAGGACUAAGUGCCAAAUGGGAGAUUGGUCCCAAGUUCAAGACGCCCGAAGAGAUGCGGGAAGAAUAUGAAAAGAAGGCGCGACUUCAACGCGAGCAGGAUUUGGACAGUUUGGUGCGUUCGCGUGGUGAAGUUCAGAUCAGUGUCGAUGCCAGCAGUGUAUUUGAUCCAUAUGAGCCACCUGUGUUCGCAGGGUUUGGCCAGCCAAUGGCCCCACCCAAGAAAAAGGGACCUUUGCACGCAUUGACCAAGGCUCAGUUGCAACAACUUUUCAUGCGUCAUUCUUUUGAGGCGCAAAUAGGAGCGCAAACACGGGCUGUUAUUAGUGGAUCCAUGGUGUCGCGGAAUGGUAUGGGCGGCGGAAACAUUAUGGGCACAGUGCGACAUACAGUAUCUCCCAAAUUGUGGGCUGAGGCAUCAUCGACAUUACUCCAUCCACGCGUUUUGAGCUUGAAGACUUAUUACAAUCCAUCCUCCGACAGCUUCAUCAACAGCGUUGCACAGACGCGUACAUUCUAUGCCCCACCUAUCCUAUCUGUCACUGCAGGCCGUCGUCUCUAUGCCACCACGACGGGUUACGUUACAUAUCGCACUGGCGAAUGGUCAUUACUGGGCUGGGGCGGCGAUGUGUCGCGCAAGAUGGACAGAUCGUCAGUAGCACUGGGUAUUGCAGGUGGAAAGAAGCAGGGUAGUUACAGCGUGGAGUUGCAGACAGGCAUCAUUGCCUCGCACAUUGCUGUCGAGUAUACACGUAAACUGCCACACAAUGCGCAAUUACGUCUGUCCGGCGUGAUAUCAACCGCAGGUGGACUUAGUGCCAGUGUUGGUAGUGACCACAAGGUUAGCGAACACACCCGAAUCGGCAUGUCCCUCGAAUGUGGUAUACCCUCCGGUGUGCUGGUUAAAUUCAGGGUUUCGCGCCUUGGUCAAAAGGUAGUUUUGCCAAUCAUAUUAAGUACGGAGUUUGAUCUCCAGCUGGCAUUCUUUGGUGCAGUUGUGCCUGUGUCUGUUGCAGUUGCACUGGAUCAGUUAUUGUUAAAACCACGGCGACGGAAGCAAAUUAAGGAGAAAAUACAGCAGCUUCGGGAAGAGCACGCAGAGUACUUGGCAAUGCGCAAGCAGGAAGCUCUGGAAGGCCAGCAGUUGAUGGUUGAGGUUGCUGCUCGUAAGAUGCGACAAGAAGAGAAGAAGCAGGAUGGUUUGGUCGUCAUUAAGGCUUGGUAUGGCCGCCUGGACGACACCGAGCUUGAUGAAGACAGCGAACUACCUGAAGAGAUCAUUGACGUGAGCGUUGUGAUCCAAGCGCUGGUCAAUGACUCUCGGGUCACUGUCCCUGGUGGACACGCCAAGACAAACAUCCUUGGCAUCUACGAUCCCUGUCUGGGCGAACGCAAACAGCUCCGGGUGUUAUAUAGAUUCCAGCACCGGCUGCAUACUGUCACUGUAGAAGACACGACGCCGCUUAUUUGUCCCAUGCGAGCACAUCUUGUUUAGACAAAACCCUCACCUGUUCGCAACAAGUAAAAAUAAUAAAAAAAGUCGUUACACGCAAAGUCCUUUUUUUUUCUUCCUUUCU